UGGCUGCUUAUAAGAUAGGCAGCAGUUACAAAAGGCCUUGGAUGACAGGUGUGCUCUCAUCGGAGCUGGAGAAGGCCAACAGCAGUACAGGAGCUAACGGUUUCAAAUUCAGAGAGGCUGCAGAGAGAACAGCGCCUCAUUCAGAGAACCAGCAACAUGGAACAUUUGCAGGGUGAGAAUGAGUCUUUUCGGGAGCGAUUCUCAAGCCAUGACAAGAACUUGGAGAUCACGAGGAGACCUGAACACUUUAGAACAAGCAUGGGACGGGUCAAUACAACAGGAGGUGAAACGAGCAUGGAUAAGGCAAACAAGGCGUUUGCCAACAAAGAGAUGGUAUCAGCCGCCCGGCGCAUCACCACUCUGGAGAUGAAGGAGCUGAACGAGAGGCAGAGAGCUGAGCACGCACACAAAAUGUAUGAACACAUGAGAAAGUCCCUGAAGCAAGUGGAAGAACGCAACUCAGAACUGGAGUCCAAGUUUGCAGAGGUACGUGGCCAAAGAAAACGACAUGGAGCACGUUCAUAA